CCUUAUGUAAUUGCACAUAUAUAUAUCCCAGCUGAAUGAAUCUUUACCAUUAGCUUUACCAUCGCGUCGCCAUGAUGGUUCUUUCCAUCGUCGUCCUCUUCCUGCUGCACCAGUUCAGCAGUUCAACAGCCCAACUCGGCUCGGAGGAUCCUGCUGGAUGGACUGACAUUGGACUGACUGACGUUGGAGAUCACUUUGCCUUGAGCGGAUCGUGUAUGGCAUAUGGAGAACUUCUCCAGUACUUAACUAGACAGGACAAGCUGGAGAGCGAGCUGGAGGCACUGAAGAACGACAGUCAGCAAUGCUGUGGGGGGCAAUGGGCGUCCUUUGGCAGUCUACAGCUCAACCUCAAUGACCAGUCCACCGUCCUCCAGCAACAACAGGCCACAAUUCAACAACUACAAACAACCGUGGAUGAUCAGGUCAACAUCAUACAGCAACAACAAACCACCAUUCAACUACAACAGGCGACAAUACAGCAGAUGCAGACGCUUCUAACAGCAGUCUCAGACAAGCUGAACGGUGCCCGUGACUGUAUGGAACUGUUGGCGACUGGACACGAUACCAGCGGUGUGUACACCAUCUACCCUGAUGGAGGAGGGAAAAGUCCUGUUCACGUCUACUGUGACAUGGACACUGACGGGGGUGGAUGGACGUUGUUCCAAAAGCGCCAAGACGGUUCGCUCAACUUCUACCUAGACUGGCAGGCGUACAAGACGGGGUUUGGUGACCUAAGAGGAGAGUUCUGGCUAGGUAAUGACAAUCUCCACCGUCUGACGGCCCAGAAUGUGUACGAACUGAGAGUGGAUCUGGAGGACUUUGAGGGGAACACGGCCUACGCCAAGUACAACAUCUUCAGGGUGGAGGAUGAGGUGCACAAGUACAGGCUCACUGUGGAAGGGUACAACGGCACUGCAGGUGAUGGCCUGACCUACCACAAUGGCAUGUACUUUUCCACAAGGGACAGGGAAAACGACAUCCACAGUACUGAUCACUGUGCUCAAGUGUACAAAGGUGCAUGGUGGUACCGUAACGGCCACCAUUCAAACCUGAACGGCCUGUACCUGUUUGGGACUCACCAGUCUUACGCAGAUGGUGUCAACUGGCUGCCAUGGAAGGGCCUCUACUAUUCCCUGAAAACUACUGAAAUGAAGAUAAGAACUCCUUCCAACUUCAUGAAAUACUUUCUUUACAAACUAGACAAGCUGAACGGCCCCCGUGACUGUAUGGAACUGUUGGCGACUGGACACGAUACCAGCGGUGUGUACACCAUCUACCCUGAUGGAGGAGGGAAAAGUCCUGUUCACGUCUACUGUGACAUGGACACUGACGGGGGUGGAUGGACGUUGUUCCAAAAGCGCCAAGACGGUUCGGUCAACUUCUACCUAGACUGGCAGGCGUACAAGACAGGAUUCGGUGACCUCAGGGGAGAGUUCUGGCUAGGUAAUGACAAUCUCCACCGUCUGACGGCCCAGGAUGUGUACGAACUGAGGGUGGAUCUGGAGGACUUUGAAGGAAACACGGAAUACGCCAAGUACAACAUCUUCAGGGUGGAGGAUGAGGUGCACAAGUACAGGCUCACUGUGGAAGGGUACAGCGGCACUGCAGGUGAUGGCCUGACCUAUCACAAUGGCAUGUACUUUUCCACAAGGGACAGGGAAAAUGACAUCCACAGUACUGAUCACUGUGCUCAAGUGUACAAAGGUGCAUGGUGGUACCGUACCGGCCACCAUGCAAACCUGAACGGCCUGUACCUGCUUUACCAUCGCGUCGCCAUGAUGGUUCUUUCCAUCGUCGCCCUCUUCCUGCUGCACCAGUUCAGCGGUUCAACAGCCCAACACGGUUCAGAGGAUCCUGCUGGAUGGACUGUGACUGACGUUGGAGAACACGUUGCAUUGAGCGGAUCGUGUCUGGCAUAUGGAGAACUUCUCCAGUAUUUAACUAGACAGGACAAGCUGGAGAGCGAGUUGGAGGGACUGAAGAACGAGACCCAGCAAUGCUGUGGAGGGCAGGGGACAUACACCUUCCAAGCCGCCGUUCUGCAGCAACAACAGGCCUUUGUAGAAGAGCUGGGAGCGACAGUGAGUGACCAGGCUAACACCAUGCAGCACCUACAGGAUACGGUCAACAACCAAGUCAACAUCAUUCAACAACAACAAACCACAAUACAGCAGAUGCAGACCCUUUUGAACCAAAUAACAGACAGGCUUAGCGGCCCUCGUGACUGUAUGGAACUGUUGUCCACUGGACACGAUGUCAGUGAUGUGUACACCAUCUAUCCUGAUGGCGAUGGAAAAAGUCCUGUUCACGUCUACUGUGACAUGGACACUGACGGGGGUGGGUGGACGUUGUUCCAAAAGCGUCAAGAUGGUUCCGUCAGCUUCUACCGAGACUGGCAGGCGUACAAGACAGGGUUUGGUGACCUCAGGGGAGAGUUCUGGCUAGGUAAUGACAACCUCCACCGUCUGACGGCCCAGGAUGUGUACGAACUGAGGGUGGAUCUGGAGGACUUUGAGGGCAACACGGCCUACGCCAAGUACAACAUCUUCAGGGUGGAGGAUGAGGUGCACAAGUACAGGCUCACUAUUAGCGGGUACAACGGAACUGCAGGUGACGCCAUGACCGACCCAUUCCAUCCUCAUGACGGCAUGUACUUUUCUACAAGGGACAGGGAGAACGACAUCCACACCAGUGAGCACUGUGCUCAGGUGUACAAAGGAGCGUGGUGGUACGAGAAAUGCCACCGUGCAAACCUGAACGGCCUGUAUCACGGAGGGGCUCACCAGUCCUUCGCAGACGGCGUCAACUGGUUCCCAUGGAAGGGAUACGAUUAUUCCCUAAAAACCACUGAAAUGAAAAUCAGGCCUAACUGAGCCAAGCAACCAGGAUCACAGAAGGUCGACAUAAAGUCCCUUCCCCGGCACUUGUCGAAAUAAAGAGCCAAUACCAUAU